GUUCCACUUGUGUUUACAAGCUCUCUAUUUGUCAACAAAGAAGCUCGCAUCCUCGUUCUUGGCCUUGACAAUGCCAGAAAAAACCACUAUGCUCUACCAGCUUCAGAUGGGAGAAGUUGUCUCCACUAUUCCAAGUUGGUGAACAAUCUUAGUGUCAUUGUGAGAUUUGGCCCCAUGGAAGCUUUGUCUAAUGUUGCUGAUAUAGGUUUCUACUAUGUUGCCAAAAAGUUGAUUGAUAUUAUGCCUAGGAUUCUACAACUAAUGCACCUUCAUUGUCACCAACAGAUCUUACAAGACCCUUGA